GUGAUUUUUUAGUCUCAAUCCUAUUUCCUUAGGAAAGAGCCGAAGCUGCUAAAAGGGAGCGCUCAGCUGGAAGCCGCCAAAGAAAAUCCCAAUUCUCACUGGUAACUAACUGCCACCCGCACCUCCUCCCCUUUUUUCUUUCUUCUUUCCAGCUACACGAAGAUCGGAGCUUUAAAUAAAAUCAAAUGGAUAAGGAAACUGCUGUAGAAGACAAAACCGUCAUAACGGAAAGUCCCACAGGAGGUGAGUCUGGUGUUUGUGAAGUUGACACAAACCAGGAACCAUACGAGGGUAUGAUGUUUGAGUCAGAGGAAGCUGCCAAAGUAUUCUAUGAUGAGUAUGCUAGACGGGUAGGAUUUUUUACACGAAUUGUUUCAUCACGUAAGUCUGAGCGUGAUGGGUCAAUCAUUUCUCGCCGACUUGCAUGUAAUAAGGAGGGAUUUAAUGUCAACCGUCAAAAGUCAGGGCAAGUUCGCAUACGGAAGAGAGAAAGCAUACGUGAAGGUUGCAAGGCAAUGAUAUUGGUGAAGAGAGAGAAGCCAGGGCGGUGGACUGUGACCAAAUUUGUGAGGGAACAUAAUCAUCCCUUAGUAGUUUCUCCCGAAAAGGGUCGGCCAUCUCUUGAUGAGAAAGACAGGAGAAUCCGAGAGCUAUCCUCUGAAUUGCAUCGUGCAAAUCAGCAGUUAGCUGCAUGUCGGGAGCAGUUGCAAAUUUUCAUGACAUAUAUCAAGGAGCAUACCGAGUGCCUAUCGAAAACAAUUGAAGGGGCUGUUCAUGACAUAAAAGAGGUUGAAUCUACUGAACCUAACCUCCAUAGUUAACCUCGGGCAUUUCUAGUGAAUAUUUAUAAAGCUUUAUACUCUUGUAAAUAGGUGAAGGGGUUAACUAAAUUUAUUUAACCCUAUAAUUCUCAUUGCUGAUUUUGAAUACUCGAGAGAACCAAUUUAUGCAUGUAUAUUUUGUAUAGUGUAUAAAAUAUGACAGAAUAAUUUGAAAUAUCUGAGUAUGAUUCUUGAUAA